AUGCCCUCUCCAUAUCCAAAAACAAACGAUAUCCUUCAGGGGGUGGAGUUCAAAGCUCCUAUUGCUGAUAACGCUGCCCAUAUCUUAUCUGCCGAAGCAAUUGCCUUUUUAGCCACAUUACACCGUUCUUUCAAUGGUACCAGACUUCAGCUACUUCAAAACCGUAAAUUGGCUCAAAAAGAACGUGAUGCUGGUAAGUUGCCGGAUUUUCUUCCAGAAACAAAGCAUAUCAGAGAAGACCAAACUUGGGUGGGUCCACCGUUGUCGCCUGGCCUCGAAGACCGUCGUGUUGAAAUAACAGGACCUACUGACCGUAAAAUGGUGAUUAAUGCUUUGAAUUCCAAGGUUGCGACUUAUAUGGCCGACUUUGAGGAUUCUUCCACCCCAACUUGGUUCAAUGCUACUGAUGGCCAAGUGAACUUGUAUGAUGCAAUCCGCCAAACCAUCGAGUUAAAGUCUCCAAAGAAAACUUAUCAACUUGAUUUGUCAAACGAUCGGAAGUUGCCAACCUUGAUUGUGCGCCCAAGAGGAUGGCACCUUAAUGAGUACCAUUUAUGGAUUGAUGGAGAACCAAUCUCUGGAAGUCUUUUUGAUUUUGGGCUAUAUUUCUUUAAUAAUGCCAAAGAAUCUAUUGCUCGUGGGGUUGGUCCUUACUUCUAUCUUCCAAAGAUGGAACAUCACCUAGAAGCAAAAUUGUGGAAUGACGUCUUCAACUUCAGUGAAGACUAUAUUAGAAUCUCCAGGGGAACUAUUCGUGCCACCGUAUUGAUCGAGACUUUACCUGCGGUUUUCCAGCUCGAUGAAAUCAUUUUCCAAUUGCGUAAUCAUUCGUCUGGCCUUAAUUGUGGUAGAUGGGACUAUAUUUUCUCUUACAUAAAGUCCCUUCGCAAUCACCCAUCUUUUAUUCUUCCAGACCGUGCUCAAGUCAAUAUGAGUGUUGGAUUUAUGGACAGUUAUGUCAAGCGCCUCAUUUAUACUUGUCACAAGCGUCAAGUCCACGCGAUGGGCGGAAUGGCUGCUUUGAUCCCAAUAAAGAAUGAUCCAAUUGCUAACAAGAAGGCAAUGGAAAGCGUCUAUAAGGACAAACUUCGUGAAGUACUUGCUGGUCAUGAUGGAACUUGGAUAGCUCAUCCUGCUAUUGCCGAUAUUGCUUUGGAUGUCUUUAACAAGUACAUGCCUGGCCCAAACCAAAUAAAUAUUACUCGCAAUGAAACUGCAGCCCUUGCUGUCUCUAAUAACAGUCUAUUGUCACCAUUUGUAUCUGGAGGGAAAGUCACUGAAAAAGGUGUCCGUGCAAACAUCUCCAUUGGGUUGGGCUACAUUGAGGCUUGGUUGCGUGGUACUGGUUGCGUAGCUAUCAACUUCCUUAUGGAAGACGCUGCUACCGCGGAGGUUUCUCGUUCCCAAUUAAAUCAAUGGGUUAAGCAUGGCGUUUAUACUGAUGAAGGCGUGCUUAUUGACAAAAGAUAUGUUAGCCGUUUAUUGGAUGAAGAAGUUGAAAAAUUGAUUUCAAAUGCUCCAAGAGGCCAUAAAUACAAGGAAGCUACAAAGUUUUAUAAGCCUGAAAUUACGGACGAGAAGUACAGCGACUUUAUAACUUUGCCUUUGUAUGAAGAAAUCACCAAACAGACUGCUACAAGAAGCAUCAACGCCCAAAAAUUAUGA